AUGUACCUCAGCCACCAAGUGAAACAAGGGGGGAGCACCUGCAAAAAGUACUCCGACGUUCAAGAGAUGAUAACGACCAUUUUUCCUGAAUUGAUUAUUUUUUAUGUAACCGAACAAAGGUCAUUUAUUGUCAUAAAGUCGACAGAGCUAAUGCAUCGGUUACAAGGAGAAUCAGAGAACGCCAUCACAAUCUCACACGGCCACACGGGUUUGUUGUCGAGCAGUCACCUCCGUCGCGCAGUCACCUCCGUCGAGCAGUCACCUCCGUCGAGCAGUCACCUCCUUCGACCAGUUACCUCCGUCGCACAGCAGCCGUCGUUCGUGCUCCACCACUGCUUGGUUCACUCGGCGUCGCUGUCUCCCACUCUCCCUAUUGCAUGUUCUGUUGAAGCCUUGAAGGUGCCUUCGUGCUUCCGGAGUUCCAGAUUUUGUUGUAUCGAUGAAAGUAUCAACCAAGAACUACCUAGGAAUAAUAAUGCUGAAACUAAUUCUACUUCGAAUGAACGUUCUCUUCCUCCCACGACUAACGAAAGUCAGUCACAAACUUCUAGUGUUCGGGGGAAAACUGAUCCUGCUUGGAGAUAUGUUGCUUUACAAAAUAUAAAUGGAAAAUUGCAUUACCAAUGUUUAUUUUGUCUGAGUACUUUUGGGGGCAGGGAAAUUAAUAGAAUGAAAAAGCAUUUGGCGAAGAUAGGUGGAGACAUUAAGAAGUGUUCUAAGGUCCCGUAUGAUGUAGAGAAACAAAUGGAAGGUUUAUUGAAAGAGAUUCAGAAGAGUAAAACUAGUAAAAGGAAAGUAAGUUUCAAUGAAGAGGGUACUAAUGAGUGUGAGGAUGCAAUUGAUGAAGCAAUAGCGCAAGAAGAACAACAAACUCCGAGUCAGUUACCAACUAAGGAGGUUAUUGGAGGCGAUCCAAAAAAGAAAGCAAAAACUAUUAUUCCUCCUAUGUUUGCACCAAGAACAACUCCGAGAAGUCAACCAAGUCUGAAAAGUGUGUUUCAAAACAAAGAGGCACUUCAUGAAGUUGAUAAGCGAGUGGCUAGAUGGCUUUCAGAUUGUACGAUUCCUUUCAAUGCGGUUAUGUCACCCUUUUUUCAAGAUAUGUUGGAUGGUGUUGCUGGCAUUGGGCUUGGUUAUAAAGGUCCUUCUUAUGAUAGAUUGAGGGUUAACUUAUUAGCCGAUCUCAAAAGGGAGUGUCAAAUGGUUGUUGAUAGCUAUAGGUCUGCUUGGAAAGAAAUUGGAUGUACUCUCAUGGUUGAUGGUUGGACAGAUCAAAGGCAAAGAACGUUGAUUAAUUUUUUGGUUUAUUGUUCGAAAGGGUUAUACUUUGUGAAAUCUGUAGAUGCUUCAAGUAUGGUUAAAAAUACUUCAAGCUUGUGUGACUUGUUUUCAGAGGUGAUUGAAUGGAUUGGACCUGAUAAUAUUGUUCAUGUAGUAACAGAUAAUGCUGCGAACUAUGUUGCUGCUGAUAAAAGCAGCAUGCCACACAUUUCUAACCUUGCAACACGUGCUUCGAAGAUUAUGGUGUUUGUGUAUAAUCAUAUGGUGUUCUUGUCCUGGCUAAGACAAAGAACUUAUUGGAGGGAGAUUGUUCGUCCAGGUGCAACUCGUUUUGCCACUGUCUUCAUCACAUUGAUGAGUAUCUUUGAGCGCAAAUCGGAUUUACAAUCAUUGGUUGUUGAUACACACUUUACCGGACACAAAUUAGGAAGGAGUGCUAAUGGUAGAGCUGUGAGUGCAAUUAUCCUAGACAAUAAAUUUUGGGAUGAUUGCUUUACUGCAUGCCAAAUUGUGAGUCCGUUGAUUAAAUUGCUGAGGUUGGUAGAUGCCGAUGAUAAACCAUCAUUGGGAAUUGUUUAUGAAAGUAUGCUGAGGUUAGAAAAUAGAAUCAAAGAAAUGUUCAAGCAUAGGAAAGCUGCAUAUCAACCUUACACAGAGAUUAUCAACUCAAGAUGGGACAAACAUUUGAAAAAAAAUCUUCACGCAACAGCUUAUUUCUUGAAUCAUGGUUGCUUUUUUUCUGAAAAUUAUAGAGAAGCACCUGAUGUCAUGCGAGCUUUACUUGAUCUUGCUACAUUGCAUUGA